UCAUAUCUCAUAUUUAUCGAUAAAUCCGUUCAUCUAUUUCUGAGACUCUGUAUCUAUGACGCAAACUGUAAAUGCGCAUUUAAAAGCAUUACUACAUACAUGUGCAUUUAAAAGCACAUUUAUCGAUACAAGUGAGAUAUGAAUGCUAAAGUCUCAUUUUUUUUUUACUGUAGCAAAGCAUAUUAUUAACUAUCAUCAAUUUUAAGCAUAGCAUUUAUCAUUAUCUCUCUCUUUCUCGCUCUCUCUCCAUCUUCCUUCCUUUGUGUGUUUAUGCAACUUGAAGUUAUCGUAAACAAAAAUGAAUAAUUAUAGACAAUUACAGGUAGUGUCGAAUCAACUUAUGACAUCAGACCAUAAGAGGAGUAUCAGAUCACGAGUUGACAAUUACGAUUGACGGCUGCCCAGUUUUCUAUUUCAGCCAAUUACGAUGGACUCGCUACAUCGUGAUUGGUUGAAGUAGAACCGGGCAAUCGUCAAUCGUAAUCAUCAAUCUGUAAUCUGUUACGGGCAUUAAAUAAUAGAGAGAGAAAUCGGAAUACUUUUGAGAAUGAGUCGUGUAGAGUAUUUCGAUAAUGUGUGGCGAAAAAAAUCUGAUUCUUAAAUUUCUCAAAUUGAUUAGGAGCGCGACAUCGAUUAAAUCCCAAUGACCUUUCGCGUGCUGCGUCAAGUCACAAUUCAAAGGUCGACUUCUCGCUCCACUUCUCGCAACAUCUCGGACUGCUAUCGCGACACCGAAUACCGCUCUCUAUGGCAUAAUCUAACAAAGAAUUUCUCUCUCUUUUGUAUUCAAGAAUGGCUGAACAAAACAACGGUGUACAACAAGCACAUUAUUGUGCGCGCCUUAGACCUCCGGCCGAAAAAUGUUCCGCUCAUUACCGUGUCGAAUCAUCACAGUUGCUUCGACGAUCCGGGUAUAUGGGCGACCCUGGACUUCAGACACUCGUGGAGCCGACGUAAGGUACGAUGGUCGCUCGCCGCGCAUGACAUUUGUUUCACGAAUGUCUGGCAUUCCUACUUUUUCAUGCUCGGCAAGUGCAUACCCAUCGUCCGAGGAGACGGCGUAUAUCAGGAAGCUGUGGAUUUCUGCAUCGAAAGGUUGGCUCUUGGCGAGUGGGUGCAUGUCUUCCCCGAGGGAAAAGUCAAUAUGUUUAAGGAAGAGAUAAGGUUGAAAUGGGGCGUGGGUAGAUUAAUAUUAGAAUCACCCAUCACGCCUAUCGUAAUUCCUAUCUGUCAUCUCGGUAUGGAUGAAGUACUUCCCAACGAACCGCCGUAUAUGCUUAAAGUGGGAAAAAGAGUUACCAUGAAUUACGGUGAGCCCAUAGACUUCAGCGGAUUGCUGACCGAAUUGCGGGAAUCAAAAGCAAGCGAGAUGGAUGCGCGAAAAGCGAUAACUGAUCGUAUUCAGCAAGAGCUUUCCAGAUUGAAAGCAACAACCGAAAAGCUUCAUGUUAAGUUAUGACGAAGAUUAUGCCUUUUUCGUCAUCCCUCCGUCUAGCCUUAAUUUGCCAAAAAUAUAAAGAGAAAUUGAUAUCAACAAAAGUGAGAUUGUAUGUAAACAUAAAUUCGUAUGAAAUUAAUUUUUUUUUUAAUGCGUACUUUGUAAUAAUAUAGUAGUAUUUUUGACAAUACUGAGUAAUAUAAGUAUCAAUUGUAUUAGAAGUUCUGCGAAUUAUGACGUUUAUAUCGUCUUUUAAAUUAUUCCUCGUAACUCUUCGAGAGAUCACUUGAUACGCCUACACAAAAUACAUCUAUAAAGUUAUGCACUUGCUUCCGCAAUUUUAUAUAUUUUUCUAUUCAUAUAAAUUGAGAGCUGUUUAAGUGAUUUAUUGAAAUCUCUUCACGAG